UUUUAAACAUGCAGCUGGAUAUUUUUCAACUUGAGUUGAAUAUACAGAAUGGGAUACACGUCGUACAAUUUGACGCUUGUGUUACUGCAAAUUAAACAUAAUCUCAUUGUCAACAUGGACGUUUACAGUUUUCAACUUUCCGACCGACCCUGAACAACAAUGGUCACGUGAUUGAAAACGGAAGUAGCUCUUACUUGACCUCAACAUGUCAGACGCUUCUGUUUGAAUGUGAGAAUAUUUUUGUGUGUAUCUUGAAAUGAGAGCCCCCCUUUAGUGAUUUUAGAAGAAGCAAUUUCAGUACUGGUAUAAUGGAUGCCAAUCUAUUGUACUGGAAGAACCAUGGAGAGUCUGUAUUUAGUCGCUUAAAGAUCUGGGUAAAUCUUCUGGAUCCAUCCUUUCUGCUCACAUCAAACGCAGAAAUACAAGAAACCUGCACCCAACUCAGAAAUGCAGAAAAAUUCAACCAAAAGGAUGAACAUGCAUGGAACAUCUCCCUUUCAUCCAUCCAUGCUGAUUCUGGUUCUGUGCUUCCACUAGUUUUCCGCUCUCCAGCAUUUUUGCCAUUUACAGCUCCUUUGGUGGUUGCCAGCUUUUUGCCACAUAAAAAUAUCAAACCAACUUUGUUCUGGCAGUUUUUGCUACAAAGUUACACUGCCGGUUUCAACUAUGCAAACAGAAAUUGCUCCUCAGAGAAGGGUCAGACGCCGUCUCCAAAACAGCUCCUCUUGAUAGCAGGCACAGUCUCGUAUGCAACAUGCGCGGGGGCCCUUCCUCAAAUUAUUGUGAACCGACUAGCUAUCAGAAGUCUAUUCAUCCAAAAUUUCUUUAGGUUCUUCGCAACAAUCCCGCUCUCAGCUGCUCUCGCUUUCUUCAACGUGUUUACUGUCAGAGGGGAGGAAUGUCAAAAUGGUAUCCAAGUGUUCGAUUCCAAUGGGAAUUCUGUCGGCCUAUCUAAGGCAGCGGCUGAAAAGGCUGUGAUGGAAACUGCAUUGUCAAGAGCAGUACUGUUUGGCACAACUGCUGCUGUUCCUAAUCUCCUGGUUUCAGUCUUACAGAGAACAAGAAUUUUCCAGAAGAAUGCGCUGCUGGUCGCUCCUAUCCGUCACAUCAGUGUAGCAUUUGUCCUCGGCCUGAUGAUCCCACUUUCAUUCAGUCUCUACCCCCAAUUGGGGAUGAUAAGGAAAGAAAAUGUUGAUGAAGACCUACAGGCCAAGGUGGCUGAAGAACAGUUAUUCUACCACCGAGGACUUUGAGCAAGUUUAAUACAACUGAACCUAGUAGGGGGGGG